UAACUACAUUUGUUGAAAUCAAAUCGGUUCAAGUAGAAUUUGUGCUAAAUCAUAUUUAUGCUUUUGUUCCAGGUCUUGAUCGUAUAGUGAUUAUUAGUCUGAUGUGAAGCUGUGUUAUGCUUAGGAUCUAGUUGUGAUGAAGGUCUUCAUGUUUUGGUUAUUGCUAAUUGGAAUGUGAUUAUUUGAGAAUUCUACAUAUCAGACUAAUGUGGACAAUAAUUUUCUUAAGACUAGAAGGAAGUAAGAGCAAAUGGUUAGAAAUUAGAAUGGAGCUUCACUAUAAUCGACGAACCCUUCUGUAGUGCAUGGCUGUGUGUUUAGUACAUUUAUGUAAUGUAGCUGUUGAACUUUAAUGGCAUCGUUUAUGAUUCUUAAUAUCUGAUUGAAGAUUUGAAGUGCCAUCUAUGCGAUUGCAGUGUUAAGACUUAGCACUAACUCUUUGGUUUAGACGUGUAGUUAAUAAUCUUCACUUAUAAGAUAUAGCGUCAUAUUGGAAACCUCAUGUUUUCAUCGAGGUGAUGGGAGUAUAGCUAUUUUUGUUGAUGGAACUAAGGAUCGGAAUCAAAGAAUUUAAUUAAGAGAUAUGGGUUCGGGUGCAGCCCACAUCGCUAUAUUAAAUGCGUCUAUUAUAAAUCACGCCCAAGUUCAUCAGUUGCAGAAAGUGUGAAACAAUGGAGAGGUCCCUCACCGAGCUACCUCCAGAAAUUAUCUCAGACAUCCUCUCAAGGCUUCCCAUCACGAGGCUGCUUACAUGCAAAGCUGUAUGCAAAACCUUUCUUGAUGCAACAUCCUCCAAUCCAUACUUCAACUCUCUGCUUUCAUCAAAAAUGCCCCUCUAUCUCAUAGUCCAGCUCGGAAACUCCACCCAUCCUACAGGGUCAGUCCAUUUGAUUGACUCUGGACUAGAUACUGCAUUUUUGUCGACUGAGAUGGCCGAAUUGAAACCUUUGUUUCAUAUUCCGGAUUAUCCUGGCAGGUAUCAUAAGUGUUACAAUAUGUAUGCUGGGGAUCAAAAUAAUUUUUGUUUGGUUAAUUCAUGUGAUGGAUUACUGUACUUUGCUGAACGAAAUUGUUGUGAGCGCUCAUUUGUUUGUAAUCCUUUAAUGGAAGACUAUCUAACUCUGCCUGAAGUUGUUAAGGAUAGGAAUCUGUUUCAGCUAACAAUGGGGUCAUGGUUUGGGUUUAGUGUGGGGGAUAAUCGAUAUAAAGUUUUGAGGACUUUAACCACUGUAGUUGGUAGACCUCAGGAAUUUGGGUUCAAGCAGGUGUUUUCGGCUCAAAUUCUUGUGGUAGGGUCAUCUUCGUGGAGAGAUAUCGGAGAGCAGCCACCUUCCGAGCAUCUUACAUGGGAUACAUGCUUCAUUCUCUUGGAUGGAUCUGUUUAUUGGCUCUGCCAGCUUCCAGAGCUAUCAAAAUUUAUAGUCUAUUUUGAUUUCCAUCAAGAAAAAUUUGGGGAAAUUCCGUGUCCACCUGAACUCAGAAAUGGUUGGCGAAUAAAUCGACAUUAUACAAGCAUGGGAGUCCUUGGAGGUUGUCUAUCUCUGGCUGUUAAUGUUCAGUCACUUGACAUAUGGGUUUUGCAGAGGUACGGCAGUCAGGUGUCCUGGACCAGACAGUAUGUUAUUGAUACAUCGGUUCCUUUGGGGAAUCGUCUCGUUCAAGGCACGUUCAAGCCCCUGCAAGUUCUCGACAAUCGCUACGUAAUACUGAUGAUCUGGUCUGCCCUUGCCAUGUUGCGCUAUGAUUCGAAAGAGAAGACAUUCAAGAUUUUCAAGUUUUAUGGGGUCGGGUCCGUCUGCAGAUCUGCUCUACUCAAGCCUAGCCUUGUUCCUCUGAUGGAUGCCCUGCACAUUGGCGAUGGCGAUGAGCAGAAUUUCAAGUAGAAAAAGAAGCAUCCAGGUUGCGUGCUCGUGGUUUAGAUCUUCCGCCUGAAAGCAUUUGCCUGAUCUCGAACGCACAUCCAGUAUCACCCUCUUCGAUUUCAGACCUAUGUUCUUCAAUUCAGUACUGUUUUUUUGAUGAUUUUGUUUCUGCAGUGAUGUACUGGUUCUUAAGUACAUUUUUAGUAUUCUGUUUGUCAAAAUAAGUAGUGUGGUUAUGUAAUGUCAAAUGUGGAUUAUUGGAUCCUUCUGAUUGCAAUUUGCUUUGAAUAAAUGAAA